AGAAACGCAGGCUUGUGGUUUGAUUUAUUUACAACGCCGGCUUCGUCUCUCUCAGCCGUCGCCACGGAGAGUCAACCUCCCUCCUUGCCCCUGCCCGCUGACACUCAAACCACUGUGCUGGACUCUGCCAUGGCCAGUCAACAACGUGCUCUCCUCCAAGGAGAUCGUCUGGCGAAAGAGCUUGCGGCACAGCAAGCAAGGGCGGCUGCCAGGGCGUACGUGACCGAUAAAGGGUGCAUGAACGUCUCUGUCACUGAGAGGGUCCUCAAUAGAGGCACCUACUCCGGCGCUGAGGCGGAAGAAUUGGCCAUCGCUGCCGGAGGGGGCCUGUCAGUGCACAAGGACAACACACUCGAAAUCCUUCGGGAGCGAGAGCUUGGGAGGCAGAGGCAAGCAAAAGACGCGCAGAAGGAGGCAAAUUUAAAAGCAAAACUUCUCCAGCAACAAGAGAAUUUUCGGAAAGAAAAAGCGACGGGCAAGGGGGACGUGGAAGGCCAAGGGAGCGUGGAGAGAGACUCGACUCCCCUCCCCGCAGGGUGGGAAGCCGUCAUGGACCCUCAGGGCUCCGGCGACUACUAUUACUGGCACGCGGGUACGAAUGUGACCACGUGGGAACGCCCUUCCUCCCAAAUUCCGACGGCUGUACCGUCAGGGGACACGGGUGUUCCGACUCUGAAAAACCACAAUCCGG